UUGACAUUUUGAUAGUUGCGUCCAGUUUACGCCUUUAGGAAGUACAGAACAAAGCUUUUAGAUUUUCAUAUCCGCCGCGGCUAUUUCAAUUCCGAAAAACCCUACGGUGCGUAGUAUCAACGCCUACUUCGAAUCAGUGCAUUCAAGACCCCAUCCCCAAGAAUCACUUUUCUUCCUUCAAUUAACUGUGAUUAGAGACCGGCGGCUACCCAUGCUAGCUACGAGGACAAAGGCUGAAAAGAGAAGAAAGGCGCGAUGAGCAGUCAAGGUGUGUGGGAGCAUUUGCCUCUUUUGUUGAGAGCCAACUCCAAAGAAUCGGUGGAAUACAUACUUCAAGCCCUGUGGAGGACUCGCAAGACAGGUCUCGACGCCGCAGACCGCCAAAUUAUCCGGGAAAUGCUCGACCUCCCCACUGAUUCCGACCUUGACCCUCUUUUGGUGUGCCUGCGCAUUUUGAUGCGUAGAUGCGUGUUUGCGGAGGUAGGGAAGGAUGAAAUUCAGAAGCUGUUUCCGGAUGGGGUCCUGCCUGAGUUGCAGAGAUUGCUUACACUUCUGUUCCAAAAAUUUCAAAAGGAGUGGCGAGAAGAUGCCGUAAAUGAUCGGGUUAGAAUCCACAACUCAUCGUUUAGCUUAUCAUGAACUGCUGUAUGCUAUCCUUCUGAAUAGGUAUGACAAAGAUUAUUUGACCUCUUUGUAUGUAGCGGCAAGCUUGCCCCAUUUAGAGAUGAUUACUUGGAGGAGGGGGGUGGGGGGCUGAAACUCAAGACCCUGUCGGUGUACUCCUCGCGGUCUAACUUUAAUGAAACCUUGAGAUGAUGAGGAAUAGAUUGAAGACUGAUGAUGCAUCUCCCUUCAUGAUGGUGCAUCUUCUAUUUCAUACCCCUCAAUGAGUCAAUGCCCACAGGGCCACAAUGCAUAUGCAAUGACAUCACUAUUAAGAGACUUGUUUAUGUUUUUGUGAUUCAAUAUGUUCUUAUGUAGAGCUUUAAUUUAUUUGUAUGAACUUCAUUCACACAUGUUGGAGAAUUUGCCAUUGUUGCAGUAGGGAUUUAAGAGUGUAAAAGAAAAAAAAACAACUCAAGUCUCUUUCAGUUUUUAUUUAUUCAUUAUUAAUUGGGGGUGGGGGUAGGUUGGAAUUGGGAGUUGAGAGUCCAAAU